AUGAACAUCAUUGAAUCAAAUAAAGAAAAGGAAAGGAUAAAUUUACACAGUCAUAUUAGCGGCUUGGGUUUAGAUGCAGAUGGUUUUGUAUAUGAUAUAAAUUUUAUAGCGCAAGAAAAGAAAAAUGGAAAAAUUUGCAAAAAUGAACAAAAUGGGAUUACAUUUCAAAAUGAUAUUACACAUAACAUUUUACUAGAUCAGGUGAAGUAUGAGGAGAAAUAUAAUGAAUAUGAUAGUAAUUAUGAGGCGUCAAGUAAUGGCGAUGACUCUAGUGAAGAUGAUGAAGUAAAAAACUUUUAUAACUGUAAAGGUAUGAUUGGACAAAAGAAAGCUAGAGAAGCUGCAGGUAUAUUUAUCAAUUUAAUUAAGGAAAAAAAUAUUUGUAAAUGUUUAUUAUUAGCUGGACCAAGUGGAAGUGGUAAAACUGCAAUAGCAAUAGCAAUAAGUAAAGAAAUUAGUGAAGAUUCUAUUCCUUUCUGUAUAUUUAAUGCAUCUCAGGUAUAUUCUUGUGAAGUUAAAAAAACAGAAAUACUAACUCAAUACAUAAGGAAAAGUAUUGGAGUAAAAAUAAAAGAAAUUAAAGAAGUUUUUGAAGGGGAAGUAGUAAAAUUAGAACCAUUUUAUGAUGAUACAUAUGAAGAAAAAAAAAUUUCUUAUGUACACAUUACCUUGAAAACGUUGAAAGAGCAAAAAAAAAUUAAGAUACAUUCUUCAAUAUAUGAAAAUAUACUGAAAGAAAAAAUUCAAGAGAAAGAUGUUAUAUAUAUUGAGUCUCAUAGUGGAAUAGUUAAAAGAGUAGGGAAGUGUAGCUUAUAUCAUGAUAUGUUUGAUAUAGAAACAGAUACUUUUGUUGAUCUACCUAAAGGAAAUGUUCAUAAAAAAAAAAACAUUAUUCAAAAUGUUACAUUAUAUGAUUUAGACGUAUCUAAUGUUCAGCCAAGAGAUAAUAUUCUCAAUUUCUUACAAAAUUCGAAAUCAAAAAAAACAGAAAUAACAGAUAAAUUAAGAAAUGAAAUUAACAAAAUUGUUUAUAAAUAUGUAGAUCAGGGAAUAGCCCAAAUUAUACCAGGAGUUCUGUUUAUUGACGAGGUUCAUAUGCUAGAUAUUGAAUGUUUUACUUACUUAAAUCGAACUCUAGAAUCCAAUUUAGCACCUAUUCUUAUUUUAGCAACAAACAGGGGAAUUUAUAGAAUAAUAAUCGUUAAGACUAUGUUGUAUAAUAAGGAAGAAAUACUACAGGUCCUAAAAUUAAGAUGUAAAUUUGAGAAAAUCAAAAUUGAAAGGGAAGCCUUAAAUUAUUUAGCGGACAUCGGUAUAACAUGUUCCUUAAGGUAUGCUAUUCAACUUUUGACACCUGCAAAAAUAUUGUCAAAAAGAAAGGGAAAAAAAAGGAUAAGCAAAAAUAUUGUUGAAAUCGUUUCUUCGAUAUUUUUUGAUACAAAAAGAUCAACACAGCUACUGUUAGAUGAUAAAAAUAAGUAUAUGUAUUAG